UGACGUCACGGGAGCGCCCGAGCAGCGGGGGAAGCCACCAGUGGUAGAGGCUGGCGAAGACGGAAAAAAAGAGCGGAGAGAGAGAGACAGACAGAAGACAAGAGCAAGACAGCGACGCUGGUCUCACCUCAGCUGACCGUCUGUGCCGUUACCGAGCGUCAGUGACAGCUGCAGAAGGAAGACAUGUAGAGGAGAGACGUUACUGCUUCACUAACUGCCCUUUUCAACACUGACGCUUAUUUCACAACCGAGGACAGGGACGUUAACAGCCGCAGUGAUUCCAUCACCCCAGGCCUUGUGGAAUAACUGGCUCCGUUAUUUGCAGGGAUAGCCUGUUUAUUACCGUUUUCCAAACAAAGCCCAUGGAUUUCACUGAGGGGUCUGGAGAAGCCUUGAUCACAGCCAUGUCAACGCUGCAUCAGAAUGUUUUAAGUCAAGAAGCCUGACAUUAGACAACUCUAGUAUUUCAGAUUUUCUUUCUGGACAUCGACGCAGUUUUUCUCAGGAUAUCAGCCGACUUUCACGUUUUUUGCUUCACCUCAAUUAAUAAUUUGACCCUGUUUUUCUCCCUAUUAUUCACCACCACAUUGUCGCACCAUGUACGGUAGUUCGCGUUCCAUCUCAAAGCUGGAUGUUGUUGGAUCCAAUGGUAACGGUUCAGUUUCUGGGAGUCCGGGUCGCUCCCCGCGCCUUCCUCGCUCCCCGCACCUUGGACACAGGAGGAACAGCAGCAACAGCUCCACCGGCGGACUAACAGGCUCUGGUAAAACUCUGUCCAUGGAGAAUAUUCAGUCUAUUAACGCUGCCUACGCCACCGGGGGUCCCAUGUACUUCUCGGACACAGCUGAUGACCCGGUCGGGAUUGGGAGUCUGGGCAGUGGGCUGAAUCCCACAGUGCCUAAAACCACUAUGACCUUGGGGAGGGCCGGGGCCAGGGUUCCCUACGGCUUGAGGACAGCUGUUAUGGGGAGCAAUCCAAAUAUAAACACUGGAGGAGUGGUCAUGCCCACUGAUGCUAUAGCCUUUGGAGAAGUUCAGAACCAGUCUCCACAGGCAGCUACUGUGCCACACUCCAUGAGACAGGUGAGAGACGGCGCCAUGUCAGACCUACAGAUGCAGCUAAGAGAAGUGCUGAGAGAAAACGAACUGCUACGCAGAGAACUGGAGGCGAAAGAAUCCAAGCUGAGCUCCUCCAUGAACUCCAUUAAGACGUUCUGGAGUCCAGAACUGAAGAAAGAGAGGGCGCUCAGGAAGGAUGAAGUCACGAAGAUGGCCGUCUGGAAGGAACAAUACAAAGUGGUGCAGGAGGAAACACAGCAUUUCCAGUGCACCAUCCAGGCGUUACAGGAUGAGCUCCGAAUCCAGCGAGAUCUCAACCAGCUCUUUCAGUCCGAUUUCCCGGAGUCCGGGCACCUGGGAAACCAGGCCCUCCCCCUUCAGGAAAUGACCGAGGAGAACUUCCUGCGUCUCCACAGCGAGUAUGAGCGGCAGGUGAAAGAGCUCUUCCUCCUGAGGAAGACUGUGGAAGAGAUGGAGCUAAGGAUAGACACACAAAAACACACACUCACAGCCAGGGAUGAGUCAAUAAAGAAAUUACUGGAAAUGCUGCAGAGUAAAGGCCUGUCGUCACGGGCAACCGAAGAAGACCAUGAGCGCACGAGGAGACUGGCUGAUGCUGAGAUGACCAUCCAUCAACUGGAGGGCCUGCUGGAGCGGAAAGACAAAGAGGUGUUUCAACUCAGAGAGGAGCUGCACAGGAGAUAUGAAGCAGCUCCAGAGUCAACGAAGACUAAGGCCCUGCAGACAGUCAUUGAAAUGAAGGAUGCAAAGAUCAGCUCACUGGAGCGUGGCAUGAGGGAACUGGAGGAGGAAGUAAACAUGCUCAAGUCCAACGGUGCUCUGAGCAGCGAGGAGAGGGAGGAGGAGAUCAAACAGAUGGAGGUCUACAGAUCCCACUCCAAGUUCAUGAAGAACAAGGUUGAGCAGCUGAAGGAAGAGCUAACUCACAGCCAAUCAGAGAAGGAGGAGCUAAGGCAACGAGCCAGUGAGCUUCAGCGGGAGGUGUCAGCAAUGGAUCAGGCAAAGCAGGACCUGGGUCGUAAGGACAGCGAGCUGCUGGCUCUCAGGACCAAACUGGAGACUCUGAACAACCAGUUUUCUGACAGUAAGCAACACGUGGACGUCCUCAAAGAGUCGCUCACUGCUAAAGAACAGAGAGCUGCCAUACUGCAGACGGAGGUGGACGCCUUACGCCUCCGACUGGAAGAAAAGGAGUCUCUCCUGUCCAAGAAGAGUCAGCAAAUAUCAGAGGUGUCAGAGGAGAAAAGCACUCAGCAGGGCGAGAUCAGCGACCUCAAGGACAUGCUGGACGUCAAGGAACGCAAAGUUAACGUCCUGCAGAAGAAGAUAGAGAACCUCCAGGAUCAGCUGAGGGAUAAAGAGAAACAGCUCGGUGGUCUGAAAGACAGAGUCAAGUCUUUACAGACGGACACGUCUAACACUGACACAGCACUGGGAACACUGGAGGAGGCUCUGGCUGAGAAGGAGCGAAUCAUUGAGCGCUUGAAGGAGCAGCGAGAGAGGGAGGAGAGAGAAAAGGGAGAGGAGAUGGAGUCCAGCAAGAAGGAGCUGAGGGAGUUGAGGCAGAAGGUUUCUCAGCUGCAGGCUGACCUGGCUGACCGUGAGACAACGGUAUUGGACCUGAAGGAGAAGGCGUCAUCGCUGGCUUCCUCCACUCUGAAGAAGGACAACAGGCUGAAGAGUCUGGAGAUCAGUCUGGAGCAGAAGAGGGAGGAGUGUGUCAAACUGGAGAACCAGGUUAAAAAGGCCCACAGUGCUGCAGCGGACUCGAGGGCUGACGCUGAACUCUCCGAACGCAUCUCCUGCCUGGAGCAUGAAGUGACCCAGCACAAAGAGGAUGCUGGGAAGGCCCAGACCGAGGUGGAACGGCUGCUGGAGAUCCUGAGGGAGAUAGAGAACGAAAAGAAUGACAAGGAGAAAAAGAUCCACGAACUGGAGAGGCAGAUGAAGGACCAGUCGAAGAAGGUGGCUAACCUGAAACACAAGGAGCAGCUGGAGAAGAGCAAGAACGCUCAGAUGAUGGAGGAGGCCAAGAAGAGAGAGGAUAACCUGAACGAGAGCUCCCAACAGAUUAAGGAUUCUCUCCGUCUGAAGGAGGAGCGCAUCGAAGAGCUGGAGGAGGCGCUGAGGGAGAGCGUUCAGAUCACAACAGAGCGAGAGCUGGUGCUGGCCCAAGAGGAGCAUGCUCGCACACAGUCUGAGAGAGAGGUGGAGGACCUGCUGGUUGCCAUGGAUAGAGUGAAACAGGAACUGGAGGUGAUGAAAGCCAAGCUGUCGUCGACUCAACUCUCACUGGCUGAAAAGGAAGGUCACCUGACCGCCCUGCGGGCUGAGAGGCGGAGGCACCUGGAGGAGCUGCUGGAGAUGAAGCAAGAGGCGCUGCUGGCAGCCAUAAGUGAGAAGGACGCCAACAUUGCCCUGCUGGAGCUCUCCUCGUCCAAGAAGAAGAAAACACAGGACGAGGUGGCAACUCUAAAAAGGGAAAAGGACAGUUUGGUUCAGCAGCUCAAACAGCAGACUCAGAACCGGAUGAAGCUGAUGGCAGACAACUACGAGGACGAUCAUCUCAAGGUCUCGUCUCCAAACUCAGAGCUGCCCAAUAAUCACAAACCCUCCCCAGAUCAGAUUCUCUCUCCCCUCCUGGAUCUCACUCAGAAUCGCAGUAAACUGAAGCUGUACAUCAGUCACCUUACCUCACUGUGUCAGGAGCGAGACCCAGUCAUAUUGCAGGACUUUGCCCCGCCUCCCGCCUAUCACCGCACUGACCCCGCCUCCUGGCAUACCCAGCUGCACAGCAUGACACAGGAACAGUUGGAGGCGGAGUUGGAGCUGUGCGAGAGGGAGGGGGCGGAGCUCCAGGAGUACGCCAAUCAGGUCCUGCAGCAGAUCGCCGACAGGUGCCCGGACAUUUUGGAACAAGUCGUCAACGCGCUGGAGGACAGCUCCUGACACACACACACACACACACACACACACUGAGAGUAAAUGAGGGUAAACAUCAGUAGAAGCACAGUGUUGGACAUGAGCUCUUCUUCUCUCACCUUAGUUUCACGGAGGAGAACACAGUUUACGUCUCAGACCACAGAGCUUUGUCCACGCACUCAUUAAUGAAUGACACAUGUCAAACGCGUCCACAACAGAAGGAGCCUUCACCCUCUCACAGCGGCCAUGUUGUGUGUGACUUUGUAUGUAUUUGAACAUGUGUGUGUGGUGUUUGCUUAGAUUCUUCUUCCUGAUGUCCGACUCUCUCACACACGCACACGCACACACACACUCCUGUCACAUCACUCGACCGGUUCCGACUGGUUUAUUUCUGCUGCCUUUUUUUUGUCUGUACAUCAUUUGCUGCUAUCGUUCUUAUUAAGUUUUUAUCCAAUGAAACGUCGCGCCUUGCAUUUCUGAUGUAAAUUGUGAAGAAGAGAGAGAGAGAAGUUUUAAUUAAACAGAAACACGGGCUCCGUCGUCGGGAGGAGGAACAUGACACGUCUCAUGUAUUAACAACUCAAAAGCCACGAGCGACAAUAAAUCUCGCAGCACUCCCUUUACGAAAACACGGCGGUGUCGAUGGACUCGUGUUUGUCUUUAAAGUAAGAAAAACAACGCGUUCUGCUCAGUUUGGUUCAGAUGAACUCUCCCUCACACACUCUCUGACAAUCCCUUUAGAGUUAACAUCAGGAGGAGUCUGCACUUUCUUUCUUUCCCCCUUUUAUUAAAACAUCGUAUGGUUUUCUUUCUUGGGAGGGAGGGACUAUAAAGUAAUUGUUACAUAUAUAUGUUUUGGGGUUUUUUUGCCUUUGGUGAUAUGAAAUAAACUUGUUUCAUUGGAAAUAUUGUCUUCUGCUGGUUGAUAGGUUACAUUGUGUGUCUGAUUUGCAGGAAAAUGACAAGUUUAGCAUACUUAUAGGGUUCUGUGUUCACCGGCGACGUUUCAUCCCGAUCACGUCUGUGUUCUUGUUGUUUACAGUUGAAAUGACGUCGGAGUGCAUGUUUCCCACAGUGUGGCGGCCUCAGCAUGGACGGAUGUGCUCGCACCGGAGUCAAAGCUGGUGGACACAGAAUCCAAAGACAGGGAUUUACACACAUUUCAAUCUGAUCUCACACAGAACUCAGCUUUUCAAAACACAAGUUUUAUUUCAGAACCUUUUUUUUUUUACGAGUCACGUUUGUGUAACAUUUGACAAAUGAAGGUUAUUUUAUUUUGUUGUUGGGGGGGCGGGGGAUGAAACUCUGGUCAGGAAUGAGCUUGUGCUGUAAAUCCAGUGUUCAGUUGUGUGUUUUAUACUGAUAAUGUUUCAUCUGUGGGGGAAUGAGGAUGACUGGAAACUCACCGUGACUUUGUUUUGGAUUUAAAACUGAAAUAAGAGAAUGGAAUAAAAUAUGAAUUUAUCUUUA